CCUCUUGCUUUGGGUAUUUACAUCAGUCCAGAGCUCACUGCUUCUUUGCUGGCCAGCCUGCUGGGGUAUGCCCUCAUGGAUUGUCCACCCUAGAAGAGGAAGGCAAGUCAUUAAAUGAAAUAAAUAUCCAGGCAUGGUGGCACACACCUGUAAUCCCCACUGCUUGGGAGGCUGAGGCAGGAGGAUCACAAGUUCAAAGCUGGCCUCAACAAUUUUGCAAGGUCCUAAGCAACUUAGUGAGAUCCUGUCUCAAAAUAAAAUAUACUAAGGGCUGUGGAUGUGGCUCAGUGGUUAAGUGCCCCUGGAUUCAAUCCCCUGGUACCAUGAAAUAAAUAGACCUUAGACCUUUGUGUUGUGAUAAGUGCCAAAAAGAAAAUAGGACAGGGUUGAAGACAGAGACUGCUUCAGCUCCAUGGUCAGACUCCAGGUGUUAUGGGGGUGGAGGGGACAGCUGAGUGGACUGAGGUACCCAGGGGAGGAUCCAGGUAGGUUAGGGGUGGGAAGGGGCCCCUUACUUUUUACCUUGGGGCACCUGGAAGGGCUGCCUGCUAGCGAGGUAAUGAGGGGCCAGGGUACAACCCUCCAAACACCUCAUCCUUUGCAGCCUGGGGGUAGUGGGGGUGGGUGUAAUGGGCAGCUCCAGAGUUGGGCUGUCUCCUGUUGGCCAGCACAAGUCUCUGUAGGGGAGAAAUGCAGAAGCUGCCACUAGAGUUAGUCUUCCUGGACACAGGCCCAGCUUCCCCUGCAGAGCUCUGGGCAAGUGACCAGCCUACCCCCCCGGCCCACCCCAGCACCCAGAGUCAAGAUACCCACCUGAAGACUUUGCUCUGGCAGGAUCACUUUCCACCCCAAGACAAGGUGUUUAGCAGCUCCUGUGCCAGAAAUACUCCCCACCCACUUCCAUCCUCUCUUGCCCAGGUGUCUGCCUUCCAUGACUUUCACUGACCCCACUCAACCUGCUCUUCAGGGGUUUCCCUCCCUGUCACCCCAUGCCACUCUCUGUCCAGGUGUCAGUGGUGAACAAGAACCGUACCUUGAACUCUUCCCCAGCUCUGACCCAACUCAGGAGAGGUGGCUCCAUCCUCAGGUCCUUUUAGCCAGUAGAAACAGGAGCAGGGGUAGGGUCAGAGCAAAGGUGACUGGGGGCAAGUCCAGGCACAUCAGAGGCCAUGUUCCUUGUGCAGGUUGUGGGGGGAGGAAUGUCACCCAGGAGCAUGUUCCUGUUUGCGCUUCCCAGACUGCCCUGGUCUUGGUUCCUGGCAGGAGGUCUGAGGGAGGCCAGGCAGUCUGCAGGGGGUAGGGUGCUGGCCAGGGGCUGCAGCCAGGCAGGCAGAGCUUCUCCUUAGAUUACUGGGUAAACCGUGCCAGUGGCUCCGCCUGGCCCAGGAAGAAGUAGGAGCUUCUCUUCACCCCUGGCCUCUCAGGUGAAACUCCCACAACAGCCUGCAGAAGGAGUCUUGUGAGGACAGUCACUAGGCUGGUACUGGGCUAGAAUCAGCGUGGAGGUGACCCCCCAGCCAGAGGACAGAGCCCCUGGGGAAAUUCUCCCUGGAGGUAACUCAAAGUCAGAAGGCUGGGUUUCCAUGGAGAAGGUGGAUUCCAGCAGGCCUGAGCCUAUGGAGCAGGAAGGGGCGGAGGCUGCAGAGCAGGAAUUGCAGUGGAUAGAACUAAGCUCGGAGGCCCGGGAAGCCAGGACAAAGGGGCCCAGUGCCCCCCAGAGCCAGGGGAACCUGCUCCAGGCCGUGUGGCAUGGUCCUGCUGCCUUGGUGACGAAGCUCCUGAGGCAAGGGGCCAGAGUGGAAGAGAAGGACCGCUUUGGAAGGACCCCUCUCCACCUGGCUGUGCUGCGUGGCCACGCGCCGCUGGUGCGCCUCUUGCUGCAGCGCGGGGCCCCAGUGGACGCAGCGGACUGCGCCGGGCACACGCCACUGCACGAUGCCGCCUGGCAAGGGCACUCGCGGGUGGCCGAGCUGCUGCUGCGGCGAGGGGCCCCGGUGGCUGCACGCUCGGGGAAGGGCCUCACGCCGCUGCACUGGGCCGCGGCACUGGGCCACACGUUGCUGACCGCGCGCCUACUGGCCGCUCCGGGAUUGGGCCCCGAGGCCACUGACGCUUUCGGCUGGACCGCAGUGCAUUGGGCGGCCGCCGGCGGGAGGCUGCCGGUACUCGAGCUGCUGGCGGCAGGCGGGGGCGCGGACCUGGACGGUGCCCUGUUGGUGGCGGCUGCGGCCGGGCGCCAAGCGGCGCUGCGCCUCCUCAUGGCAUGCGGGGCGCAGGUGGACAACCCCGACGGCUCCGGGGUCACCGCGCUGGGCUUGGCGGCCGGCCUGGGCCGCCAACAGGACAUUGAGCUGCUCCUGGGCCAUGGGGCAGACCCAGGCAUCAGGGACAGGCAUGGCCGCGUUGCACUUCACAGGGCUGCUGCUGGUGGGCAUCUGUCUGCUGUCCAGCUGUUGGUGGCCUGGGGAACUGAGGUAGAUGCUCAGGACUCACUGGGCCUCACACCCCUGCACUAUGCAGCUCUGGGAGGCCACAUGGAGGUUGCCAGCCAUCUCCUGGACAGGGGUGCACAGGUCAAUGCUGCUGGCUGGCUCCACAAGACCCCCCUGCACCUUGCUGCAGAAUAUGGCCACAGUCCUACUAUGGAACUCUUGCUGAGCCGAGGGGCUAGUCCCACUCUGAGGACACAGUGGGGUGAAGUGGCCCAGAUGUCUAAUGGGGGGCUUCCCCAGGUGCUGCCUGCCUUUCAAGGGGAGCAGCAGAUGCGUUCAGGGCAUACAGCCCUGCAGGUCCCAAGCAACUCUCUGUAAGACUGAGCUUCCACACACAGCGGCACAGAAAGCUCCUCAGCCCAGAGGUGCCCAGCUCCUCUCUUCUGGACUGAGAUCACCUGCCUAGGUGGAGAGAGGGAUCAGAUGAGAGGUUCCUGGGGGUGGGGGGAGAGAGCCACGUAAGACUUGGUCACUGGCUGUGGCCAGACCUCAAUGUUCCCAUCUCUCAGUUCCAGCUUUCUCCACACUCUUGGGUGAAGACUGAGUCACAGCAACAGGUCUGACCAAAACCUGAUGGUCUCCCCUUGUCUGUCCACCAUGGAGGCAUCCCCUCACCUGUUCCCGUGCAUGGGGGUAUUCUAUUUUCUUAGAUUUUGUAUUUUCCUGAUGAACCAAACUAAUGGCAGAAUUGUUCCCAUCACCCCUUUCACCCCUGCUGUGUGCCACCUCCUCAGGAAUUCCCACAGGCCAGGCCACUUUUCCUGCUCACUGCCCAGGGCCAGGUACAGGCACGCAGGGUCAGCUCAUCUGUGGCAGGGCCCACUGGAGUUAUCCAGACUAGCCAGUUCUAAGCUGUGUGCCAUGCUCUGCCCCUCCAGUGGGCACUCAGCGAGGGCCGGUCCUUCCUUCACUCGCCCUGCCUCUUGAGCAGAGCCUGCUGCUCCCUGUGUGCCUUGCUUGGCCGCCAGGGCAUGGUACACUUCCACCUCUGGAAAAUCUAACUACAGGGCUGGGGAUGUGGCUCAAGCGGUAGUGCGCUCGCCUGGCAUGCGUGCGGCCCAGAUUCGAUCCUCAGCACCACAUACAAACAGAGAUGUUGUGUCCGCCGAAAACUAAAAAAUAAAUAUUAAAAAAAAUUCUAAAAAAAAAAAAUCUAACUACAACAAAGUCUUCUUUCAACAUCAUUUGCUUCUCCAUGUCUUAAUUCUGUCAUUUCUGUGAAUUUGAACUCCCAUGGGUAUAACGCAGAUAGGGACAGUUGUUAAGUACAGCUGGACAUGGUAUAACAUCCUGUAGUGCCAGCACUUGGGAGGCUGAGGCAGGAGGACUGCUUGAGUUUGGGUGUUUCAGGUCAGCCUGGGAAAGAGAGUGAGCCCCUGUUUCAAAAUAACAAAAAAGUAGUUUUUAUUUAUUUAUUUAGGUAUUGAACCCAGGGGCACUCAACCAGUGAGCCACAUCC